AUGCUUUCCACCAUCUUCACCCUGGCUUCAGCCACAGCUACCAUAGCGGCCCCCGCCAGUAUCAUACAAGCCAGGAACGGCGCAGCAAACUACAACGUCCCUCAAAUGCAGAUCCGCGACCUCGAGCUCACCAUCAUCAACCUCACCAACGACAUUGUCCAAUCCAACAGCACCGGCUUUGCCACCAACUAUGCCCUCGGCACGACACAAAUCGGUGUUCUUAGCAACGGAGUCCAAGGUGCUGAGCACUGUGGCCCCUACCAGGCUACAGUCGCUAGCGGAAAUACGCAGGCUAUCGCGUACCUACAGAACGCUAUUGUGGCGUUGCAGCAGUUGUCUUUGGAUUUGAUGAAUCCGGCGUCGAGUGUCGAAGAGGAUUCGUUCAACUAUGAUAUUUGUCAGGCGAAGUUCAACUACCAUGCCCUCGAUGGCUUCGUAGUUUGA